AAAUGGUUUAAAUCCUUUGUUCCCCCUCCAACCGGACGGCUGAUGUGGGAAAAUAAUCCCCUAGAUAUCUGUGCAGGCUGAAAGUUUCCCAACGCAGAACAGAGCUUGGUUCUAGAAAGGAUUUUGGCAGGCUGGCCAAGUGGGAGUUAACUUUUUCCCCCAGACUGGAAUAGUCUGGGAGGAGUAAUGGAGCCUUCUUGGUUGAGGGGCGGGAGUUGCUUUGCAAGAAAGACGGGCAGGGAAGAAUGGCAGAGAGUUUUAACAGAAUGCUUGACGCUAAUAUAAAGGACUUAUGAAGAAGCAAUCAAGGCUACAGUGAGCAGAAGACAGGUGUACUCCACAUCCACGACUGUGAUAAGUUUUCCACACCAUGCAAGUGUGGAAUUCGGUAGUUGGCACAGAAUUGCUUGUCCAUCGAUUUAAUAAAUAAUAUCAGACUCCAGGGGCGGGGUUGCUUGCUCAGGACCUGCGGCUGACAAUGGCGGACAAAGACGUAUUGUUACAUCCUGGCUUGGAUAAGGCGGCUGGCGAGGAGUUCUUACAGGAAGCGUUCCAGAUCAUGCUGGAAGAAGGGCUCAGGAAAGGGAGGGAUGUCUCUGAAAAGGUGUGUGACUGGAAGGAACCUGAGCAACUGCAGCAAAUUCUGGACCUGGAUCUAAAAGACAGUGGGGAGCCGCGGGAGAGAUUGUUGGAGCGUUGUCGGGAAGUGAUCAGAUAUAGCGUGAAAACAUGUCAUCCUCGCUUUUUUAACCAGCUGUUUUCAGGGCUUGAUCCUCAUGCCUUUGCUGGACAGCUGAUCACAGACAUGCUGAAUACCAGCCAGUAUACAUAUGAAAUUGCCCCCGUGUUUGUGCUGAUGGAAGAGGUGGUGCUGAAGCAGCUACGGAAGCUGAUUGGAUGGGAGGGUGGAGAUGGGAUCUUCUGCCCAGGGGGUUCCAUCUCCAACAUUUAUGCCAUGAAUGUGGCACGGUACCACCGCUUCCCAGAAUGCAAGCAGAAAGGCAACUGGGAAUUACCAAGACUGGCAGCAUUUACUUCAGAGGAGUGCCAUUACUCCAUCCAGAAGGGAGCAUCUUUCUUGGGGAUUGGCACAGACAACGUUUUCCUGGUUGCGGCUGAUGAAAAUGGGAAAAUGAUCCCUGCUGAUCUGGAGAAACAGAUCCACCAGGCCAAAGCUGAGAAGGCUGUUCCCUUCUUUGUUAACGCCACCUGCGGCACCACCGUCUUGGGGGCCUUUGAUCCCGUGGCUGAGAUUGCAGAAGUGUGUGCAAGGCACAAAGUCUGGCUACAUGUGGAUGCUGCGUGGGGUGGCAGCGCCCUCGUCUCUCGAAAACACCGGCACCUUUUGGAUGGAAUUGAGAGGGCUGACUCUGUGGCUUGGAACCCACACAAGAUGCUUAUGACAGGGCUGCAGUGUUCAGCUUUCCUGCUUAAAGACAGCUCUGGUCUGUUGCAGAGGUGCCACUGUGCCAAAGCGACCUACCUCUUCCAGACUGACAAGUUCUACGACAUGUCUUACGACCGGGGGGACAAAACCAUCCAGUGUGGACGGAAAGUAGACUGCCUCAAGCUGUGGUUGAUGUGGAAGGCCAACGGCACCAGGGGCUUGGAGCAGAGAGUAGACAGGGCUUUUGCCUACACUAGGUAUAUGGCUGAUGAGAUUAAGAAGAGAGAAGGCUUUCAGCUAGUUAAAGAGCCAGAGUUUAUCAAUCUGUGUUUUUGGUUCGUGCCACCCAGCCUACGGGGAAAGGAAGGAUCCAUUGAUUAUACUCUUAGACUGGGAAAGGUGGCUCCUACUAUAAAGGAACGGAUGAUGAAGAAAGGGUCCAUGAUGGUGAGCUACCAGCCUCGUGGUAACCAGGUCAACUUCUUCCGUCAGGUGGUCACCAACCCUGCGGUCACCAGAGCAGACUUGGACUUCUUCCUAGAUGAGAUUGAAAGACUUGGCAAGGACCUGUAGCCACUGUGUUCUGCCUUUCUUCACCUCUCCCCUCAGCCUGCUUGAGGAAGUUUCUGGAACAACGAUGGGAACGUGUCACAAGUCUGGGGAGGUUUCAUGCUUUUCUUUCUCUGCUGCUUUCUGAAAACCGUGCAAAAAACAGGGGAAAACUGCAGCUCGCCAGCACUAAACUUCACUAGCCUUGCUUCCUCUUCUUCAAAUAAAACCCGCUACUCAUCUCAA